AUGACAGGUGAUAAAGACUUUCUUGUCAAUAUUAGACCAAUGCAAUGUGGAGAAGUUACUUUUGGUAAUGGUCUAGCUGAAAAUGUCAUAGGGAUGGGAACUCUUAAUUUUGAAGGUCUACCCAGGCUUAAGGAUGUAAUGUUGGUUGAAGGACUAAGAGCUAAUCUUCUUAGCAUUAGUCAAAUUUGUGAUCAGGGUUACACUGUUAAUUUUGAUAGUAAUCGUUGCUAUGUUGUUAAUGACCAAGAUGAAAUUAUUUUGCAAGGGUUUAGAUCCAAUGAUAAUUGUUACACUCUCACUACCUAUGCUACUUGUCACUCUGCCAUAGAUAACUCUACUGAUUUAUGUCAUAAAAAGCUUGGACACAUUCAUUUCAAAAAUUUGAAAAAGCUGUCAAAUGUAGGAAUUGUUCGAGGAUUACCCAAACUAGUUCUUGAACUUCUUCAUAUGGAUCUAAUGGGUCCAAUUCAGGUUGAAAGUUUGAAUGGUAUUUCUCAUGAAUUUUCUGCUCCUAAAACUCCUCAACAAAAUGGAGUCGUUGAAAGAAAGAACCAAACUCUGACAGAGAUGGCUAGGCUAAUGUUAAACAGCAAGAAACUUACCAAGCAUCUAUGGGCUGAAGCAAUUAACACUGCUUGCUACACCAUCAACAGGGUGUUUUUGCGACCAGGUACUCAUAAGACUCCUUAUGAGAUCUGGAAAUGUAAGAAACCAAAUGUGAGUCAUUUUCAUGUUUUUGGCAGUGCUUGUUAUAUUUUAAGGGAUCGUGAUCAUAUUGGUAAAUUUGAUGCAAAAAGUGAUGUUGGUGUGUUUAUAGGAUAUUCUAUUAAUAGUAGGGCUUAUCGUGUUUAUAAUAUGAGAACCCAAACUGUGAUGAAAUCUGCUAAUGUUGUUGUUGAUGAUCUAAAAGAUUUCUCUGAGUUUUCCACAGAAGAAUAG